AUGCGCAUCCAGCGGAACCAGCAUUCGCAAGACCCGGCAGGCCAGUUCCGCGGUCAAGCGCAACUCGCAGAGCCUGAGUUCCCAGAUGAUAUAAUGGAGGAUAUAUCACUUCCAGAGGCGGCCGCUCCUUCACAGCUGCGUCCGAAACCCAACCGCAUCGAUACCGCUGUACGGACUCCGUCGAUCUCCACGAAUGGGACACCUUUCUUGGAUCCUUCGUCUGCGACGUACGAUAAACCUCGCAGUGCCUCCCUUGCUCCCAGUCCACGCACAGCUGCAAUGCCAUCCCCCAGUGGACCAGUCCCUCGAAAAUCAGAUCCCAGGGCUGCGUCUAAUCGGAAACGACCCAGUUUGAGUUCCACCCAGGCCAGCCCACAGUUGCGGCCCAAGAUUAGUCCCAGCAUCCAGCCACUUAUGAAAGGCAACGAGGGCAUGUCACAAGAUGCGCUUUACCUUGCAUCAAAGUCCAACUACCAACACAUUCUCGACGGCACUCUGCCAUCGGGUGUGAGCUAUCCAGAGGCUCUGGCAGAGAAUUUGAGCUCCAAACGCACGAAUCACAAGCUCGCAGAGCAGGGACGCCGGAAUCGAAUCAACAAUGCGCUCAAGGAGAUUGAGCUCCUCAUACCGCAGGAGUUCAUUGAUGUCCGCAACGCCAAGGAAGCCGCAGAAUCCGGAGGCAAGGUCAACGAGAAGGAAAAAGAGAAAGAAAAGGCCAACCAGGCCAUCAGCAAGGCCACCGCCGUGGAGAUGGCCAUUGAUUACAUCAAGGCCCUGAAGAUGACCCUGGACGCAACCACUGCCAAGUUGGCUGCCGCCGAGGCCAAGCUGUCGGGCGAGCCCUCCAAGGAGAGCUGCAAGGAGAGCUCAACCUCAACUUCCACUGCUCAAUCUGAGAAGACCCCGAACGGUAUUGCCAAAUCGGAGACGAAGAGCUUGGCAUGA